AUGGCUCCAAAAGCAAGAGCAGAGUUGGUUGUCCCAUACAAACAUGUACCAGCUAAACCUAGAAGGGAUGCAGGAAAUAUAAUUGCCCAAUCAUUGCCCAUGGCAGCCAUGUUUAUGAAGAAUAAGGUAUUGUCUUGGGCUUCUUUGUUCUUGGCAGUACAAUCGUAUUUGAAUGAGCCUGUGAAUAAACCAGAAGCUGAUGCAAAGGAACAACAACAACCAGCAUUUUUCAGGAUAUUGUUUGCAUUUGUAGCCAUCGGAACUUGUUACAUGGAUCUAUUCUUCCCUGGCACUAACCCAGCAUUGAAAAGAGCAGCUAAAGUGGCAUCGGAUGCUACUGCUACAGCCACCGCUGUGGUUACUGCUGCUUAA